AUGACCAAGUCCUUCAGCUCCGAUACAUGUAUUGACUCAGCCACCUUUGGCACUAAGACUGCUGGCCAGUUGGGACAGCCUCAUUCACACCUGCCACCGGUUAGCGUACAAAAUGCUAGCUCCAUUGGGAUACUGCCUAAUUCAGUCUCGACGCCAUCAUCUGCUUUCACUAUAUGGUCUGCGCUUUCUCAGCAAACCGGUGUCUUGAGUGGAUCUUCUGCUGCAGCUAAUGCUCUCAAUUCUUCUGGUUCCGGGACUGGGACUGGGCCCGUCGGCUCAGUCCCUGUCAACAGUUGUCUGUCUCCUAGCCCAGUGGCUGCUCUGCUGCCCAGAGAAAAUGCCCGCGACCUUAUAAAGCUAUUGAUGCCGUUACUGCGCUGUGAGCAGAUGGAAUUGCGAGAGUCAGCUAUUGCUGCACUUGGGCGCAUAAACCCCGGGGCUUUUCGGUGA